AUGGCAAAACGGUACAGUGCUGAGGUAGCUGUUGAAUUGAUAAUGAAUGAAAAUAGUGAAAUGGAUUCAGCUGACUCGUUUGACGAAGAAUUCACUUCAGAUGCUGAAUCAACUUCCGAAUCCGAAAUAGAAAGUGAAUCUGAAGAAUCUGACUUUACUGGUCGCAAAAUCCUACAAAAUAUUGCUCCCCAAACACAUAGGGGAGGGAGGAUUAGAACAAGAGGUGGUGCAUUCAAUAUCCGUGGCCGAGGUCGAAGUGUAAGGACGCGUGGUUGCCUGCAAACUGCAGCACAUCGUUCAAAAAUAAGAAUAAGAAACAUUGAAGACUCCGAGGAUUCUGCUACAGAACUUAGCUCAAGGGAAGAAAACGAAAACGAGGAAGAAGAAAUAUCGAGGGGAGGUGAUUCUGCUAUUCGUAAUGAUCUCAAUGAUGGAAAGGGCCCUGUAAAGGCUCCUGGUGGAGAUGAUCCCUUGUUAUUCUUCAAUCUAUUCAUAAACGACGAACUUUUACAAGAAAUCGUCGAUAGAUCAAAUGCAUAUGCAGAUCGUGUUAUAAACUCCUCUCGUCCAUUGAGAAGGAACAGUAUCUUAAAGACAUGGAAUAACGUAACAUUGGAAGAGAUGAGACAGUUCCUCGGUUUGAUUUUUCACAUAGGUCUUGUUGCUAUGCCAUCAUAUCGCUGUUACUGCUCUACAGACCGCUUAUACAAAAACGAACUGUUCAAAUCAAAAAUGUCUAGAAACAGGUUUCAAUCAAUCAUGCGAUUCUUGAAUUUUGGCGAGGAACCAUCAUUUCAGAAUGAUCGAUUGAGUAAGGUCAGAUUUCUCUUGAAUCACCACAACAGCACAGUUGCUGAUGUCUACACGCCUGAAAAGGAAUUAUCCUUGGAUGAGUCGAUGAUGCUUUGGCGAGGGCGAUUGGUUUUUCGCCAGUAUAUUAAAAACAAACGGCAUAAGUAUGGGGUGAAUUUUUUCGAAUUGUGCACCAAUGAUGGGUUCGUUCUAAAAGCAGAGAUUUAUUCAGGUGUGAAAUUUGCAGACACUGAAGCAUUGGGACAAAGAGGAACUUUUGUAUUUCACAUAAUGAAUCCCUAUCUGUAUAAAGGGUACCAUGUUUUUACCGACAACUGGUAUAAUUCCGUGCCAUUGACAAAGUACAUGACGCAAAGGAAAACUUACAUUUCUGGCACCCUACGAGCAGACAAAAAACACCUUCCCGAGGAAGUUACAAAGAAAAAGUUGAAAAAAGGAGAAAUGAAUUUUCGGUCGUCAGACGACAUUUCUGUCACAAAAUGGAAGGACAAAAGGGAUGUUCGUAUGAUCAGCAAUGCAUUUAUUCCUGAAUUGGUUGAGACCGUAAACAGACAUGGGAAAUCUAGACAGAAGCCAAACAUUGUGGAUAUUUACAAUCACAACAUGUCCGGUAUUGAUCGAUCAGAUCAAAUGCUCUCGUAUCAUUCUGGAUUGAGGAAAACAAUCAGAUGGUACAAAAAGGUCGGCGUCCAUAUCUUGGAAAUUUUCAUGGAAAAUGCUUUCUACCUAUAUAAAAAGGCAACUCCAUCUCCAAAAGUUAAAGCCAUGAAAGGAUUCAAGGACACCAUUAUAACGAGCAUGGUUGGCCAACCAAAGCCGUCGAAACACAUGCAACCACAAGCUUCUUUUCACUACUUAGCUGCGAUUGAACCAACAGAAAAAAAGAAACACCCUGCCAGAACCUGCAAGCACUGCUCAUCGAAUGGUAAAAGACGCGAAACAAGAUACAUAUGCCCUGGAUGCCCACAACAACCAGCCCUAUGCAUUGAUCCAUGUUUCCGCAUCCAUCACCAGAAUAUUGGCGUUGUCGGUUUCGACGAUGCAAAAUCAUCAUCUGAAGAGGAGUAGUUCGCAUCUCUUAGUAUUCUCAGUUAAAAAUACAUGUACAGACAUGUAUUUGUGACAGUUUGUUUUAAAACAAUGUGUUUUUCUUCGUCAAUAUAUAUAUAAGUAUGUAUCAUUUGUGUCAUCGAAAAACGAAUUUCAAAAAGUGUUAUGAUUACUUCCUUUAA